CCAAAUCGGCUAGUGCCGGCCAAAGCAGACGAAGAGACUGGAGAGAAAAGAUAAAGAGCGCUGCGGAGGAGGAGUGUCUGUAAGCAACGGCAGAGUCGAGUUGCGGAGAGAAGACUGGAGCAGAAAUCUCGGCGAGACGGAAAGACAAGGACGGCGGGGCAGCGGGAAUCUCGAGCGAGUGUGUUAAGUCCUUCUGGUCAUUCAGUGAGGUGUCUAAUGGCCUCCAGUCCUUAGCUGUCCAUCGGAGGAGGGAAUCCUACAAGAGAAGAAGCAGACAUUUUGGAAGGAGGAAGGCUUCCCACAGAGCGUGGCCUCGGCUGAAGUCGAUGAUAUGGAUCAAAGAGCAGCGCACAUUAAACAGGAGGACUGUGAGGACGGUGUUCCAGAGGUUGCAUGUGUGAAGCUGGAGGAUUGUGAAGGAGGACUUUCAGUUUUUAAAGAGGAGGAGCCUGGUGACAUUAAAGUUGAGGAUUCCAAGGAUUUCUCGGUUAGUCUUGGAGUGCAGGCACAUGAAGCUGGGAACAUUUUCAACCAAGAUGGUUCUGAAGAGUCUCAUUCCAGUUUAUCGUCCUGCUUCACUAAUGAAGAAAACCUGGCAAAUGCACAGAAUUCCAUCAAAGUGAAAUCUGAGUUCUCUGAAUCUGAAAUGAAAAUCAGUGAAGGAAAUGGGGGAGAAGAAGAAGAAGAGCAGCAGUCCUCUAGGAGUGAAGCAACAAAUUUCCAAGAGAGUGGUAGCUCCUCUUUGCCUUCAUUUGGUCAGCUGUCUGUUCGGUGCAGACUUCGCCAUAAGCUAAACACGCAGAAGAUAAAGAAAUCAACAGUGGGAUUAGAACAUUUGACAGCAGCUUCUUUGCAGAGUUCUUCUCUUCCUGUUGUCAAAAAGAGAAGGAGAGGAGCGGUCAACACUGAACAUCAAGUGCGUGAACGCAUCAUCCAAACUGGAGAGAAGCCCUAUUGUUGUUCUGAGUGUGGUAAACAAUUCUCAUUACUAAGCUAUCUUCAGAGACACAAAAGAAUUCACACUGGAUGGAAGCCACAUUGUUGUUCUGAAUGUGGUAAGCAAUUCUUACUACUAAGUUCUCUGCGGAGGCACAAAAGAAUCCACACUGGAGAGAAACCCUAUUCUUGUUCUGAGUGUGGCAAACGAUUCGCUCACAAGAGCUCUCUUCAGCGUCACAGGGUAAUUCAUACGGGAGAAAAAUCAUAUUGCUGUUCUGAAUGUGGCAAACAAUUCUCAUUACUAAACUAUCUUCAGAGACACAAAAGAAUCCACACUGGACGGGAGCCCCACUGUUGUUCUGAAUGUGGCAAACAAUUCUCAUUCCUAAGCUAUCUGCAGAAACACGAAAGGAUCCACACUGGAUGGAAGCCCCAUUGUUGUUCUGAAUGUGGUAAGCAAUUCUUACUACUAAGUAAUCUACAGAGGCACAAGAGAAUCCACACUGGAGCGAAACCCUAUUCUUGUUCUGAAUGUGGCAAACAAUUUGCUUACAGUAGCUCUCUUCAGCGUCACACAGUAAUUCAUAAGGGAGAAAAAUCAUAUUGCUGUUCUGAAUGUGGCAAACAGUUCUCACUACUGAGCCCUCUUCAGAGGCACCAAAGAAUCCACACUGGAGAAAAACCUUAUUGCUGUUCGGAGUGUGGCAAGAGAUUCUCUGACAGCAGCAGUUUACGUCAGCAUACACGAAUGCAUGCUGGAGUGCAACCAUAUAGCUGUUCUGAGUGUGGUAAACGAUUCUCACAUUUAAGCCAUUUUAAUAGACACAAUAGAAUUCAUAGUGGAGAAAAGCCGUUUUGUUGUUCUCAAUGUGGCAAACGAUUCUCUGAUAAAAGUUCUCUUCGGUAUCACACUCUGGCUCAUACUGGAGAGAAGCCAUAUCGCUGUUCUGAAUGUGGCAAACAAUUCUCAAUACUAAGCAAUCUUCAGAGGCACAAAAGAACCCACACUGGAGAGAAACCAUUUGGCUGUGCUGAAUGUGGCAAACGAUUCUCAAUAGUAAGCAAUCUUCAGCGGCACAAGAGAACCCACAAGGGAGAGAGAAGAUAGAAGCCAUAUUGCUCUGAUUGUGGCAAAAAGAUAAUCCACUAACAGCGAUUUGUUUAAACAUACAACAAUGCCCACUGGAGGGAAAUCCUGAGUAUUGUUCUAAAUAUGAUAUGCAGUUUUCAUUUUGACGUAGGCUUCAUAGACACUGGAGAAUUUGCACCGGGAAUGAGGAAUCCCUGAGCAGUACAUCAGAAACCGGGAGAAGGUGGGAGGAGUCAAAAAGUCACCUGUCUAUCUACUCAGGUGUUGAUACAGUGGGCUCCACUGUGUAAAAUCUGUGCCAAAUCAAAGUGUUAGUACUUUCUUAGUGUGAAAUGAUUAAAAAUAUAAAUACAUACAGUACUUGCCACACACAUCUCCCAGGAUAAGAAAGUAUCCAUCCUUUCUCCUGGCACUUGGGUAGAAGAUGGUUCUAAUGAUAGGGCAACAUCAUUCUUCAGUGUGGCGUCCAAUCCCAUGAGCAGUGCUUCUGGGCCUUCCACUCUCUUGAACCCAAACUGUUGAUCGUCGUAAUCGAGAUGAGCCGGGCAAAUGAGGACACAUACACACACACACAUGCAGCGAGGGGUAGGUGCAAAAAGUGUUUCAUUUAAAGUCAAAUGCUUCGCCCAUUAUAAACAAUUUGAUCAAAUUUUAAGCGAUUUUGAAGGUUCAACCAAAUCCAUGAAUCCAAGAAUUCUUUAAUAUGAGGUUAAAAUAAAGUAUCUAUCUAUCUAAAAUCACUUGGCAGGGCACCUCUUCUUUAAACUCCGCACCUACCGACAGUUCGGUUCCCUGCUGUCCGUGGCUCCCACACCCAACCUCAUUUCUUCCCUAAAGCCACCUGUGGCCCUGGCAGGACACUGCUCAAGUGCCCCGACAAAACUCCCGCUUGCCCCUCCCUGAUCUCGUACCGAGAGUCGCAGCUAACCCCCUGUACAUGCUCUGCUGGGAGUGAUCAUCUUCAGCCCCCUGAGCAUCGACCUAACGCUCCUCUAAGCGGCUCCCCCACUCCUGCCUUUGUCCUUUUUCUUUUCUGUUCUUUCCUCCUUUCUCUUCUGUGCCACACCGGCUCCUAUAAUUUACCAUGACUGGGCGUGGGCGAGAGACUCUGCUCCCUCUGUGCCACCUGACUGACGCUUCCAUUUGUGCAAACAUACGCAGUCAGCCAGGCACACCAAACCAAAGUGAAACGCCUUCACACACACCUGUGCCCAAUCAGAGCCUGCCCCUCAUUGGAUGCGACUAUUAAUUUAAAAUCUGCCCAAUGCCACUGCCCACUUGGGACAGACUGGUGACAUUUAACUCUCCUGUAAAGAGGCUGCAGAUUCAUAUAUGAAGAACAAACAAACGAUGUGUGUCAGGAAUUAACAGCUUGGCAUACUUCUCUUGGUCGUGUUUGUAAAGCCCUAAUAGUCCUCAGUUCUUCUACAGAUGGCAUUCUGACAACUGGCAUCAGUGUUGGCUCAGCUAUAUCAGGCAGCACUGAAGAACAAGGGGCACAACCUGCAGUAAGGGUCUGUGCCAGCAGUAAACCGAGCUCAGAGGUCUAUGGGGGGUCUGGGAUUGAUUGUUCAUAUAAAUGAUCUUUAAAAGCCUCUACACAAUAGUGAAAAUAAAUCAGAAAUAUAAAAUGGACUUCACAACAGUGAGCAGGACCAUCCAGUAUUGUGCAGCAAACCUCAUCACCUCUACAGAAAUAAAAAGAGAAGAAGAAACGACAAAACGAAACUCCUUCUGGGAUGAAGGGAAUUGAAGAAAAGAUCAAAGACGCACAGAGGGACGACACGGAUUGAAGACUCUGAUGAAGCGGUGACAUCACAGAAAGUCCCAGUGCUGGAUAUUAACGUGUGAGGACCUCACCUUCAUAAAGCCAGACAACAAACUCAAAGCUCUGGCCAAAGCACAAAGGCGGAGAAGACACUUAACAGAAAGUCAAAGAGAAGGUUCAGAGCGGACGAUUUUAGGAAACCCACCUCAGACAAAAAGUUAAGUAGGGAGAAUAUUCUGAAAGUAACUCGACCACCAGCCAAGAAUACAAAGUGAAGAAUUUUAAGGAACACUAAUGAUGAUGAUGAUGAUGAAGAACAUCACAAACAAGCAACGAGGAUAACCAAACUGCAGAGAGGAGCAGAAACCAUCCAAGCCCAGCAAAUGUCCAGGAGUGACGUAACAAGAGCAGAGGUAAGAAACAAACUGGAAACUGCUGCUGACUGGAAGACCCCCGGUGGUCCAGACGCCGUACCAAAGUUCUGGUUAAAGCCCCUGCAUAUCCUGGUUUAGGGUUCCUGUUUAAAGUCCUCCUGUUUAUCUCUUCUGCUCUUUUUUUUUUGUUGUCAUUCUUUGCUUUUGUAAUUUUAAUUUAUUUAUUUAAUUGUGUAGACUUUUUCAUUUCAAAUCUCUUUAAUGUUUAAAUCUGUAACCCUGUUCUCUAAUGUGCCAUCUGGCCUGUGGGUGGAUCCUCAAGAGGCGGGGCCACCCAGCCAUCACCAUUAAGACCCCGCCCUCAUGGCCUCUAAAGGCAGGCUAGGAAUUGAAGUCCCUGGAGGUUCAUUUCCAGUGGGCUCUGGUGGGGUCGGCUCUCUUUGAAGGUUUUCUUCUCUUUGAGAUUUUUGAUUUAUGUUGGCUUUUAACUUCCAGAUUGUGAUUUCUGGCAUUGCUUCUGUAGCUAGGAUUUCUUUUUUACU